AUGGACACAAUGAGAGACAAACUUGCCAGCGCUUUGAGGAUCGAAGACGCCAAGUUCUUGAGAGAACUUCUCGCCGAAUGUCUCGGAACUUUCUUUUUGCUUGUAAGUUUCCAUCCUUGUGAAUUGAGACUUGAAGUUCGAUUUCAGUUGAUAGGAAACUCUGCCAACAUUCAAUCAGUAGUAGCGACUGGAGGAAAUUCCACAUCCUGUCACAUUGCUUGGGGCAUCGGCUUCAUGUUUGCGGUUUACUUGGCUGCCAGUGUUUCUGGUGAGCAAUAUCCCAUUUUGUUAAGAUUUAAAAAGAAAGUUUCGAUUUUUGGAAGUUUGAUGUCUAUGAAUGCUCACAAGGAAGGUCAUUACUUUGCGGCCGGCUGGGAAAUUCCAGAAACUUAGCCGAAAGACUAGGAGUUUCACCACAUUAAGAGCCUGAAAGUCUCAUGCUGCUAGAGUUCCUUGUCUUUUUUGAGAAAUGAAGACUUAAAGUCCCAGAAAAGCUCGUUUCAUCGGAAUUUGGAUGUUUUCUUCAACUUUGAGACAAGUUUUCUCAAAAACCAGGAAGCUUUGAAAAAAAAAAACUUUUGGAAUUUUCAUUUGGUAUAGCUGAUUCACGGCUAGCUUGAGACGCUAAGGGGGCGUGUACUGUCUGCGCUCUCCACGAGCCAGGCGCUGUCUCGUACAUUAUCGUGUCAGGACCAUUUUUUCGAUGGCUCAAGCCAGCCGUUAAUCAGCUAUGUACUGUAUCAAGGAAUUUUCUGGCCAUCUUUCAGGAAUUUUCCAACCGCCAAGUAAAAUAACCUUUCCUGUCAGCAAGUUUCUUUAAAAUGGACGAUCUUCAACUCUGAAAUGCAUCGCUGCUCGAGCUCUUAGCAUCUCAAAAAAAAAAUGAAACUUCAGGAGCUCAUCUGAACCCAGCCAUUUCGGUCGCCCAAAGCAUCCUUGGAAACCUUCCAUCAUGGAAAAUCAUUCCUUUCGCGAUUAUGCAAGUAAUUGGAGCUUUUCUCGGAGCGGCGCUCAGUUAUUUUGGUCAUCAUGGUACUCUUCCCUCAAUGUCUACAUUCAUGCAGCUUCUUGCUUCAGACGAUCUCUGGAAGUUGGAUGGAGGCUUGCGACAGGUAUCAGGCUCCCAAGCAACCGCCGGACUCUUCACGACGUUUCCUUCUGAUCAUAUGUCAACUUGGGGAAGCCUCUUGGACCAGGUUCUAUAACUUGGGCUUUUUUGUUUAGUUUACUUGCAUAUUUUCAUACCGGCAAAAACUUUCGGCUAAAACAGGAAAAAGUCCAGAGAAUUGAGUCAUUUUGAAUUUCUGACCAGAGCUGUAGUGUUUCAGCAAGCGAAUGCGUCAAACGCGUGCAUAAUUAACUUUUCCAGUCUUUACAUGCAAAAUAACUAUGACAUUGGGUCAGAAACCUGAUAUGCUGUUCAGUACUUUUGGAUGUAAUGAAAAAAAAGUUAGCAGAAAAUUUUUCGAAACUCAAAUUGAUGAAUUAAAAAGUUAAUUUAAACCUAAAUUUAAGGUCUACAGUUUAACCGUAAAUACGCGAACUUUAUUCAAAGCUCACAGUUUUGAGACCAUAAGCAGCAAAAUUGAUUGCAGUUUUAAGGUUUACCUUUUCUGAAUUUUAGGGUCCAAUUUAGAGUUUUUUAAUGUGCUUAGCUAUUCAUCAAAAAUGAAGGACGCCUCAAGUCAUAUGGAAACUAUCAAAGCCCGUUAAAACGGACCAUUCUCAGACUCUGAGCCGAUUUUCUUGAGUACUAAGGAGUUUCUCAAGGUAGACUCUCCUAGUCUUUUUGUGGUAAAUAAAAAUUUUUUUCCAGUUUUUAGUCACAGAGUUAAGUAGAAUUUAAAAAAAAUGCUUUGAAGCUUUUCCUGCAAAAUUUGAUAGCUCGAAAUAUGCGAACUCUGGUGGGAGUUUAAGAAAACGUUUUUAGACUUUUCACUUUCCAGAUUAUUGGAACGGCAAUGCUUUCCGGCUUGGUUUGCCUGAUAACGGACAAACGACAUAAGAUUCCUGCCGGACUUGUCCCUCCUCUGGCUGGAGGCAUCAUGUCGAUGGUAUCUCAGAAAAAAAACUAAGAAGAAUAAGUUUUUCAUUGUCAGGUCGCGAUGACUUAUGGCGCCAAUGGAGGUUUCGCCAUCAAUCCUGCUCGUGACUUUGGGCCCCGACUUUUCUGUCUUUGUGCUGGAUACGGCUGGGAAGUUUUCAGGUUCGUGAGAAAAUGGGCUUGCAGAAAAGCUGAAAAAAAACGGUCAUUUUAUACACUUUUUAUAUCACAAAUUCCACGAAUUCUGAAGACCUUAGUGUUCCAGUAAAUUUUUAUAUCAAAAAUUUCCAAUGUCAACUAUUUUCUUGAAUGGUAGUGCGGCCAUAUUUUCAUUUUUUCCCGUUUCACUGAAACAUUUUUCUGAAAACCAUCUCGAGAUCUCAAAAAUAGACCGAUAGAACCAGGAAAUUCAUCAGUUGAUUUUCUGAGGUCAAAACCAGAAACUGAGAACUUUUUCCGAUCGCUCUGUACGAAUAAACCCAUCAUUCGUCUUGGUUUUUCUGUAAUUCUCGUGAGAAAAGUUUCUCUAUAUUCCUGGCGCAGUGCCUUUUUGAUUUUCUGAUGAGAGUUAGACGUUUAUGAAACCGGAAUGAGACAUAGAAAGUUUAUUUAUCAGAAUAUCGACACACUCUUUUUCAGACACCGCAACUACUACUUCUGGAUUCCGAUUGUCGGACCUCUGAUAGGCGCCAUCAUCGGAGCUUGGAUCUACAAGCUUUUUAUUGGACUUCACGGACUCAACGAAAAACUCGAGAUCGAUCCGGUUAACAAAAUGUUCCACGUAUGUAUGCAUAGGAGUGACCCGGAAAAGCCUGUGAACGGUAGACCUCCAUAUUAGUGAGAUUGAAUAGAUACUAACCUCAUCUUGGUUCUGUGUAAAUAGCGCAAUUACGUGUGGAGCGCGCUCUUUUUUGUGAAUAAUUUGGUUGCGACCUUUUUCAUACGUUUGGCUUCUUCUUACAUAGGCAAAGUCGGAAGGGUGGAAAAGGCUACAUAGAAAUGUUCCUUUUUUGGUGCCCUUUUGCAUAAUUUUAUCGGCUUUUACGCACCAUUUUUGCUGCCGCUUCAUUUUUUCGUCAUUUCUUGUGUCUUGAAAAUCCUAGAAAAAAUGGAAAGCUCGUCAAGGGAUUCUUUUUGCUACCUUUCUGCGGCCUUUUUUGAUUGGCUUAUGAGCCAAGUUUUCUUGUUUUUUGAGUUUGUUCUCAUUUUUCUCGAUUUAUUCUCAUUUAUUCAUCACACAACUGCAUGUUAAUAUUUUUGUGCUUCUUUUGUUUCGUUUUUUUGAAAAUAAUAAACCUGAAACAAUUGGGAAAAAAAGUCGCAACAUUUUUUCAAACCAUCCAUUCAGCUAAACUUUUUUUUUUGAUAAUUUCCAUAAGAAUUUAAUCAAAGGCAUGGUUUUGUUGGUACGCAUGAGUAUUUCAAACAAGGAGAAACAUUUCGAUAAACUGAAUGUUUUAAGGAAAAAAAUUGUUUGUUACAGGACGUUUUCCGCAGUUCUGAUGGUGUCUUGAUCGGCUAUGACAACACUCUCUCUAGGUACAAAGUUUUUAUUUUCUUCAAUAAGAAUAUACUAUAAACAUUCCGCAAAAUCAAGUCAAUUUCGAAGACUGAAAAGAGAGAGAAAAAAGCCACACCACACAUCCAAACUACAUAUUUUGUCGGACAACAACAUUUGCUGAACUGCUAAUUUUUCAUUAACAAGGAAGUGCGAAAAAACUCCGGUUGAGAAUUCGAAGAAACUUUGCGGAGAGGUACUCAGGGCAAUCUAAUUCGAAUCAACCAAAUAAAAAAAGGCGCCUUUUCUAUUCAGAGGUCUUGACGCCUCAAUGUUCGAACUUCUUCAUCGCAAGAAUAUGGGGCUUCUAAGACGAUUUUGGAAAAAAAUAUGUUAAAGCAGAAAAAGUUAUUUUGGUUUGCAGUUGGAAAGUGAUGAAGAGUCUUUCAGGGUGGUCAAAAAAAAUUGAACGAAAAGCUGUUCAAAUGUGGUUUCAAAAACAAACAUCUGCGGAUAUUUCGAGAAACCCUAGUUUCUCUUUUUUGUCAUAUUUUGAAUUUAUCCAUAGAAUAUUCCGUUAAAAAAAUAUUUGCUUCAAUUUUUUUGGUUUCCUACCUUUCCAAAAAAAUAUGUAAAAUAUUUGAAAGAGAUGUCUUUUUGAGAUGGACUUCCGGAAAAUUUGCCUCAAGAAAGUUUUUGAAAAGACUUUAUAAGUCUCUGAAAGUUUUCAGGACAAACGGAGCCCAAACGAAGCAUUACGAGCCAAGCUACCAAAUGUUUGAAUCAAACCGACUCGAUGCGCCUCCCCAGAAUCGAUACUAAUUUAGUCUCUCCCUCCGAAUCCCAUCCCCCACGUGCUUUGAUAUUAUAUUACGCUCCAUUGUUAGACCGAAAAGAAUUAAGCUUCUUAUUCUGUGAUUGAAUGAAUGUAGUUCUUCGUUACACAGAUAACACGCGCAUCACACCACCAAAAUCACGAAUCUUCUCGCCUGUCCGUCAAACUCGCCCUUAUCCCGUUUUUUUCCCCUUCAUUUCGCUUCGUUCUCCUGUUUACUUUAUUCAUAUACUAUUUUAGCAUUGAAAUUAUUUUUUAGGUUUUUUUUUCUAUAUUUUCAAACAUUUUAAAAGAAGCUUCUCAAUUUUUCUAUAUUCAAGAAAAAGGAAGAAUAAAAAAAUAUCUGAGUUCCAGCAAAAGAUGGAAUAUUAAAAGAAAAAAAGACAAGGUUUUUCAAAUGAAAAAAAUUUCUUUAAAAAAAGUAGAAUUUGAUGGUCAUAAAAGUAAUGUUGCCGCCAUUCAAUCCAACGAAUCUCAUAAAAAAAUUGAGGUUUCUACAAAUUUCUUCUCUUCAAAAAAAGGAUGAAUUCAAGAGGAAAAAAACUGAGCUCAGAAUUCAAAAAUACGCUAAGAGCAAAAAAAGUCGAGAAGAACUGAAAGUUACCUUUUUUUCACCUUUUGAAUUACGCAAAAACUUAUUUUUUUCAUGCGUUUGCUGUUUCUAAAAAAAGUCUUGGAUGAAAAUUUAUAAAACUAGGAAAAAAAUAGGUAUGAAAACCUUUUUGUUUUUGAUACCACUUUUGGAAAUAUAUAUUAACUACAAAAAAAUUUACAAUAAAUACUUUCAAACUCAAUAUUAUCAUUUUAUCUGAUAAACAAAACAGUGUUUUUUGUCAAUCAUAAUUAUUCGAAAUAAAAAGAAAAAAAUGUCAUGCCGUGUUCAAAGUGAAUCCGCAAAAUGCAAGAUAGCCGUCAGGAAAAGAAAAACCAACGUGACUCCAAAUAACGGGGCAUUUGUGCUCACCUGCACUCUCGCAUUCAAAUUUUGACAUUUUUGCUACACAUUUUCAAUUUUAAUUAAUUUCCUUCAAUUCUUCAAUUUGUGUCCGUUAUUUUUUGCUCAGAUAUAUUCUUAUAGCUUUAUCGGAAAAUUUCAGUUGGAAAAUGGGUUUUUUGGAGGCCAAAUACUGGUUACCAAGAGGCACACAGUGGGAAGAUCUUCAUGGGCAACAUGGAACGUCUUCAGAAGUUUUCCCACAUCCUACUCACUUGGCUUGGGCGCUCGUUCUUGGAAUUACUCUCACGGUAUUUCUUUCCUAGUUUUUUUAAUCACUAAAUUCUAAUUUUGCAGGGUCUUCGAGUUAUUUUCGACAAUUUCAUUUUUGUUCCUUUGGCGUUCUUCUUGCAGAAAACCGCUGCUGAAACUCGCGGUAUUGUUGCGAUAUCUUGGUUUUAGCAUUUGAAGAUUUUUUAGUGGAAUUAAUGGAACGAGAGAAGAAAUUUAGACGGAUGUCGGAAUGUAUGUUCCGCUGCAUGUAUUACGCACUCGCUUUUUUAUAUGGGUUUCUUUGAAUUAAGAAUUUUUUCGAAAAGAAGUGUAUUUAAGGAUUUGCGUCAUUUCUCAACAAGAAUAUGCAUACGAUUUGAAAGAAUGCUGGCGUAAUUGGCCACUUCAUCCGGUGCCGCAGACCCUCGCUUGGUACUACAUGACUCAAGGAGGAUUCUACAUCUCUCUCAUUAUUUCGUGAGUAAUCAGAAAAUGUAUCCCGCUAACAAGGGAGGAUUGUUUUGUGCCCAGUUUGAAAGUUUCCAUAAAUUCGCCCGAAAGUUCUCUUAAGGGCAGAGAAAAUUUUUACUAGCGGUUUACUGCCCAAAGCUUUUAUUGGUUCUGAAUGCUGACUGACACGCCUUAAUCUGAAAUUUUCAAUCCAUCAAAAUGUUGCAGGAUGACCUGGUUGGACGCAGCCCGCAGUGAUCACUACCAGAUGCUGGCUCACCAUUUCAUCACCCUCUCAUUGAUAACCAUCAGCUGGUCGAUGAACAUGGUCCGCGUUGGAUCGUUGGUCCUUCUCAGCCACGACGCCGUCGAUAUUUUGAUGUGGGAAUUUUUUUAUUCAAUGCUAUGAACUUUUUAAUAUAUAGAAAAUCGUAUUAAAAAUAGAAUAGAAAAUCGAAAAAAAGUUUCUUCAGUUCGAUUUUUUUCAAUUAAAAAAAGAAGCUUUUUCUAAGAAAUGAAGAUCAUCAUCAAAAACCGUCUCAUAAAAAUUUAUUGAAACAGAAAAAGUCAUAAAAGUUAUUUUUUUAGAAUCUUCGCCAGGGUUCAUCUUUGUAAGUGAAGCGAUUAUUAAGUUUUGAUAUAAGCAUCUUUGCCUUGAUAAUGAAAAAUUUUUUUAAGAAUACUAUAACUCAUUAACUACUGGCUUUGAGACAGAAAAUAAAUGAGUGAAUCUUCAAUAAAUUAACAUUCAAAAGAGAGGUCAGAAAAAUCUCUCAUUAAUUUUUUCACAAGCCCGCGCCUAAUAGAUUUGAGUGAAACUUUCUUGACAACGUGGAUUUUUGGCUAACAUUUUAACUCUUCGUGAAUAAUCUCAUUUUUCACAACAUACUUUUUCCAAAAUCCUAGUUUUAAUGGAAUCAAUACUGAACUGUCAAAAUUUUCGAAUUCCAGUGACUUGGCGAAAAUUUUCCGUUAUGCUGGCAACGAGAAGGCGCUCAUGUACACGUUCAUUUGCGUCCUGGUUGUAUGGGUGCUGACUCGUCUGGUAUACUAUCCGUUCUGGGUACUCAACUCUGUCUGGUUCGACGCCCCUUCGCUUAUUCAGGUUUUUUUGAUUCAUACAUCUAAAUUUGGGAAAAGAAUGUAUUCAUCAGUUUCUUCGUAAUUGCACAUGAAUUCAUACAACUAUGAAAUCGAUCAUUUUUCUUGAUUAUUUUUCUUUUUCACUACGGACUCUUGCAAAGAAAUCAUUUCAAUUGAAAGUUUUCAAUUUAGUUGACUCGGGCGCUUUUCAAAGCACUUAAUAAGGAUUGCAAUAAAAAAUUCAAAAAUCACAAUUUUGCUUUUUCUUUAGAGAUCAUUUUAAUUUCGAUAUUUUUUUUUUGUAAGCUUUACGUUUUCACGCAACUUCAUUUAUUUGAAAAAAAGCUGUAUGAUAAGUUACCGACAUUCCAGGCGGAUUACUCGUGGUUGAACGUCACCGAACUGCCUGUCGUACCUCGCAUCAUCAUGGUCCUUCUCAGUCUUCUGCUCGUUCUCCACAUCUUCUGGACUUAUAUCCUGUUUAAGGUUGUAUAAAGUCUCCGAAACAGUAAAAUUACGGCUGGCUCAAAAUAUUCUAAUGGAUGGAGCGCACUUGGCGCCAAGUUUUUUUAAGUUUUGAAACUUACAAAAAAAUGGAUACUGUUAUUCAUCUUGAAAAUAAUAAAAAUACGAUUUUUAAUUUGGCAUUUUCUUGAGCUCUUCUUCUAUUUUAGUUUAGAGAUAAAUGGGCUACAUAUUUAACUUUUUUUAAACUAAGAUCCCGGUUUAUUUCGUUCAAAAAGCAUGAAAAUUUUUUUCAUGAGCAUAGAGCAAGAUGAAUUUUUUUCAAGACGCGAAAAAUUUAUGAACAAACUCAUUUUCUCACUCACCAGGUCGCUUACGAAUCGGCGCAUGACGGAGUUCUGGACGAUGUACGUGAAGACUUCGACGAGGCUUCAAAGAUUCGCCAAAAGACCGAAAAGGCCGAAUAAUUCUAUUGUUAUCAUUUUAUAGUCGUGUUCUCAGGGAAAAACUUUGAAUUCCAAUUUUUUGUUCUGUUGAUUAUACAAAUUUUAUAGAUUUCAUAGUAGUUUAAUAUUUCGAAUUUUAUUUUUUUCAACAAGUCUUAGCUCUAGUUUUGAUUUGUUAUGUGUUAAUUGAUUGAAGAUUAUUUGUGUGUGGUGCUGAAUUUUCCUGAAUCAAUGACUCAACCAUAAACGUGUAUUCUCGGCAUUUCUUCCCUUUCUUUGAGCUUUUUAUUGAUUGAUCCCAUUAAUCACUUGACUUUUGUCAUAUUAUUCCUUGCCACAAAAAAAAAUUCAUCGGAUUUCUAUUUUCUUGCCUAAAUUCUGGAUUCUUAGCCCCGUUUCAUUGUUAGGCUAAAAUUUCUUUCUAUGUGUUUUGAUAAAAAAAGUUGAUUUCUUGAGAAAAAGGUACAGCCUUCGGGGUGAAGACAAGGAAACGUGACGCACUGAUUUAUUGGCAAAAUUAGAAAGAAAAGAAAUCAAAAGAGUUUCUGAGCACGUGAGACGUUGUUUGAAAAAAACGUGUCAUUUUCAUUUGAAUGAAUCAGAGAACAAAAAAUAGAAUCUUGAAAGUUUUGCGGGUUUUUCAAUGGGGGAUUUUUUAUUUUAGAACAUCAUGAAGUUUUUUCUUUUGUGUAAAGAAUUAGACCAUUUUCAGGCGUUCAGGUCAUGAAAUCGGUGAUGGCGAAGAAAAGAUAACUUUCAAGGUCAUUUCUGGGAGAACGGUCGAUAGAUCAGAUCACGAGAAUCUCCGGUUAUUUAUAGUUCUACUUUUAAUUCAUUUCUUACUCUAAAAAAAAGUACGAAAAUGUAUGAAAAGUCGCGCGUUAUAAUACUAAUCGAUCAAAGCUUAUCAAUAAGCUUCCUUUCAAUCCAACGAUUCGUAAUCUGCAGUAAUAUAAAAACCGACAGCAAUUUCAGAGACUAAAAGCGGAAAAAGUUCCCAUUUUCUUUUUGGAACUAUCAGUAACCUUGACAACGGCCUUGAAAUUCACGCUCCUUUCGCGGUACGCCACCCUUUCAUUCAACGGUGAUUUUUAAAACUUUGGUUUGUUUAAAUUUUCUCUCCAAUAAUGGUUUCAUGUUCAGAAGACAUGAUAUUGCUUCUUCUUUUUCUGAUGGCCCUCACAGUUUCUGCAGAAAAUCAACAACAUCCAGUCUAUCGGAUGACGAACGAAAGUGAAAUCAAAGCAGAAAUCGCCAAACUUCUCAUUCAUGAAUUUGUUACUUCUAUGGAAAUGACAGAAGGACAGAAGUAUAUGGCCGAAAAGUUCCUGAGCACCUUGACAAUGUAA